UGGAUUUUGGGGGAACUCCCAAGCUGUUUUUUAUUUAAUUUCGGCAAGGAGUUACCCCUUAAUAUCCAUACCAGACCCGAAGGGCUUGGUGUGGAUGGGAGGGGGGGACCCCUGAAGGGCUUGGUGUGGAUGGGGAGGGGGACCCCAUGCCGUUUUUUAUUUAUUAUGGUGCUGGUUUUUAAAUGUAAUUUUUCCUUUUUUUUUCUUCACUAUAGCUCAGAAAUUCACAACCCUGUCACUUCCCCCAGCUAAAAGAGAAAGUUUUCUUGGAAUUUAAUAUCCCUAAAGGAAACAAUGUUUACUUUGAGUUUAUUAAAAGAUACAAGGUUUUCUGUAACUUCGGGAAAGUGACUUCUAAGCUUUGUGAACUAUAGUGAAGAAAAAAAAAGGCUGGAAUUUGCAUUUGA